AUGGCAAGUACAAAUAAUGACACAAAUUCUACAAAAAUUAUUCCAUCAAUGACGUCCGUUGAUUAUGGUCUAUUAGCUAAUCGUAUAGGAACAUUAAUUUAUUCAAUAAUUUAUCUAUUGGGUUUUGUUGGUAAUACACUUGCACUUAUCACAUUUUCCAGUCGACGUAUGUGUCAAAUUUCAAGCAGUAUAUUUCUUCUUGCUCUUUCAAUAAGUGAUAGUCUUGCACUUGUAACAUCAUUGUGGCAUUUUUUAGCUGAUGCAUUUCAAAUUUAUUUACAAAAUUAUUCAGCACUUGCAUGUCGUUGUCGUAUGUUUUUUGCGUAUGUUUUUAUGGAUUUAUCAUCAUGGUGUAUAGCUGGUUUAGCAUUUGAUCGUUAUUUACGUACGAGAUUACCAUUAGGCUCAAAAACUCUUUGUACACCACGUAAUGCAUCAAUUACAAUCUUAAUAUUUUUUUUUGCUUUAUGUGGAAUAAAUGGACAUUAUUUUUCUCCAGGUAUUGGACAAGAACGUGGAGGAAAUCGAACCCAAGCACAUUGUUUAGAAAAUCGUUUAGAAUAUCCUCGUUAUUAUUAUUUUUAUAAAAUAAUUUGGCCUAAAAUUGAUAUGGCUAUUUUUUGUUUUCUACCUGCUUGUAUUAUGAUUUUAUGUAAUGUUAAUAUUAUUUAUCUUGUGAAACGACAACGACAUACUUUAGAACAUACAAAUAAUGAUAGCCAAGAUAUAAUUAAAACACCAGUACCUAUUUAUCAAACAUUAAGUGGUAGUUCAUCUAUUAAAAAACCACCAGCAAAUACGCAUCGUAAAGCUCUUGAAAGACAAAUGUCUUUAAUGAUGGCAGCAUGCGUUAUUGUAUUUCUUUGUACAACAGUUCCUGUUACAAUAUGUCUUCUAUUAUUGGAAAGAACUAUUAUGAAAAAUCCAUAUUUUGGAAGAGAUAAUGCUCUUUUUAUAUUUAUAUUCCGUAUAGUUCGUACUCUUAUGAAUAUUCAUUUUGGUUGCAAUUUUUAUUUAUAUUGUUUAACAAGUCGAAUAUUUCGUGCAGAAUUUAUGAUAGCACUAAGAUGUCGAAGAACAAUUUCUUUAUCAAAUCCUGAACAAUCAACAAGUAUGAUGCUUCAUAAAAUUGAUGAUAUAUAA